AUGCGGAUCGUUCGGACAGUCCCCCGAUUAAGCCAAGCUUGUUUGCCAGCGACUAGAGUCUUGCGGCCCGCUGUGGUCAUUCCUUCGUUUGUUGUACCCGCCGCUCAGCACCUUCCCGCCGUCCACCACCAAUCAGUUCGAUGGUAUGCCUCUAAGAAGGCCAAGGGUGGCAAGGGAGCUCAAAAGAAAGCAGCAAAGGAGGAAGCCGAACCCGAGAGCAGUCCCAAGGCUGAGGACAUUGAGCUCAAGUUCGAUGAACAACAAAUUGUAAAGAAAAUGAAUCAAGUGUCAGAUUGGCUCAAGAAGGAUCUGGCCGGCAUUAGAAUCGGGCGAGCUAAUCCAGCUCUUUUGGAAGGUGUAUCAGUGAGCAUCGAGCAAUCACACGUACCUUUGCACCAUAUAACCCAAAUCACCGUCAAAGACCCGCAAACUUUACUUGUUAUACUUCACGAACCAGAUUAUUUAUCGCCAGUGGAAAAGGCCAUUCGGGAAGCUGGCUUGAAUCUUAAUCCUAUUUCUGAUGGAAAGAACCUCAAAGUGCCUAUUCCAAAACCAACGAAGGAGCAUCGCGACAAUAUGGUCAAAAUCGCUAAUAAGGCUGCAGAGCAAGCUAGAACCCGCAUUCGAUCAGUUAGACAAGAUGGUAUGAAGGAUUUGAAGAAGGAUCAGAAGGCUGGUUUAUCUGAAGAUGAAGUGAAGAAGAUGGAGAAGCAGGUUCAAAAAUACACUGACAGCCAUGUCAAGGAGAUCGAUGAUAUCCUCAAGAGCAAGACAAAGGAAAUCACUUCAGCAUAG